CGGGUAUACUGUGCCGGUACCGUUCGUUUAGCCACAUCGACUUUAUUAUGGUGAUUCCGUCAAUUUUGUGAUUCACGAUUCCUGGAAGACCUAAAGUUAAAAUUUGAAAGUACUAUUACUAUUAUCGAUAAAGUUUGUGGGUGGUUGAAAAUAGGAUAUCACUUUGUUCUGAUUUCAAAAAGUGUUAUUGUGGUGGUCGACUGUAUAACAACAUUCAACAUGGCUCUUAAGGCCCAAGUUGGUCAAAAAAUAAUGAAUGAAGUCAUUAAACAUAAACCUGUCAAGAAGAAUGGUCCUGUUGCACAACAACAGUCUCAUGGCGUUGAAUGGAGGAUCUUAGUGGUGGAUCAACUUGCCAUGAGAAUGGUGUCUGCAUGUUGUAAGAUGCACGACAUAUCGGCUGAGGGAAUUACUUUGGUCGAAGAUAUAAAUAAAAAAAGGGAACCGCUAACAACUAUGGAAGCUGUUUACUUGAUCACGCCUUCUGAAAAAUCUGUUCGUGCCCUGAUGAAUGAUUUUGAAUCGCCUCGAUACAUGUAUAAGGCUGCUCACGUCUUUUUCACUGAAGUUUGCCCUGAGGAACUUUUUAAUGAGCUGUGCAAAUCGUGUGCGGCCAAAAAAAUCAAAACUCUGAAGGAGAUCAACAUUGCCUUUCUGCCGUAUGAGUCCCAGGUGUGUGGUGUUUGUAGACUGCUANUCGGAGAGUAUCCCCACGUGAGAUAUCGUAGUGAUUGGGAAAGAAACGUUGAGCUUGCUCAGUUGAUUCAGCAGAAAUUGGACGCAUAUAAAGCAGAUGAGCCCACUAUGGGAGAAGGUCCCGAAAAAGCUAGAUCUCAGUUGAUCAUUUUGGAUCGCGGCUUCGAUUGUGUUUCCCCCUUGUUACACGAACUCACCUUUCAAGCUAUGGCAUAUGAUCUGUUGCCCAUCGAAAAUGAUGUGUACAAAUAUGAAGCAUCAGCCGGAGUCCUGAAAGAGGUCCUCCUGGACGAAAACGAUGAACUAUGGGUUGAGCUUCGACACCAACACAUUGCUGUGGUAUCACAAAGCGUAACGAAAAAUUUAAAGAAAUUCACUGACUCGAAACGCAUGACACAGAGCGACAAACAGUCAAUGAAGGAUUUGUCGACAAUGAUAAAAAAAAUGCCGCAGUACCAAAAAGAAUUGUCAAAGUACGCCACUCAUUUGCACUUGGCCGAAGAUUGCAUGAAAGCUUACCAAGGCUACAUCGACAAACUCUGCAAAGUCGAACAGGAUUUAGCAAUGGGUACAGAUGCAGAAGGUGAAAAAAUCAAAGACCACAUGCGCAACAUCGUUCCCAUUCUGUUAGACCCUAAAAUAACCAAUGAAUAUGACAAAAUGCGGAUCAUAGCCUUAUACGCAAUGACAAAAAAUGGUAUAACAGAAGAAAACUUGUCAAAGCUUGCCACUCACGCCCAAAUUAAGGAUAAGCAGACAAUUGCUAAUUUGCAAUAUCUAGGCGUCAAUGUCAUCAACGAUGGUGGCAAGAGAAACAAAGGUUACACCAUACCGAGAAAAGAAAGAAUCACAGAGCAAACAUACCAAAUGUCGAGGUGGACACCAGUUAUCAAAGACCUGAUGGAGGAUUGCAUUGAGGAUAAAUUGGAUCAGAAACACUUUCCAUAUCUCGUCGGUAGAGCUCAGUCCACUGGAUAUCAUGCUGCACCAUCAAGUGCUCGAUAUGGCCAAUGGCAUAAGGACAGAGGUCAGCAGGCCGUCAAAAAUGUACCGAGGCUUCUAGUCUUCGUAGUGGGAGGAAUCAGUUUCUCAGAAAUUCGUUGCGCUUAUGAAGUUACCAACGCCCAGAAAAAUUGGGAAGUCAUAAUCGGUUCUUCGCACAUACUCACUCCAGAAGGUUUCCUCAGUGAUUUGGCUACGCUUGCUGGCUAGAAUUCAGCGAAAAAGGUUACAUUCAAUGUACCGGAAUAAAUUUUUGUUAUUUUACAUCUUUGAGUUCUGCAUCACAGCUUUUCGGCAAGCUUGUAUAACCCGAGACAGAGAUGAAAGUUAAUGUAAUGCACCUUUUCAAUUUUACUUAUAGGCCAAUCAGAUGGAAAAUCAACGAAUUCAGUAAAGUUUUCCACUAAAGGAACUUUGUCUUGCCAGUAUUCUGUAACUCGUUAUUUAUUUCAAGAACACUGCGUUUAGUCUCGUAAUAUGCUUUAGAUUGACAUCUGACAUUUUACAGAAAUUUUUUAUCACAAAUUUUGUUUGUUAACCUAAUUUCUUGAAAAUUACUUUGAAUGUGAUUGAAGUAACAUUAUUGAUUCUAAUUUUUUAAUGAUAUCAAUCCCAAACAGCGUAAGGACAUCGAUGGAUAUCCUUGGGUGGUCCAUUCUGGAUAUUGCUUAUAUGUGAUGGAUGCCCGAUUUAUGAUCAAGGAUAUCCAUAGGAUAUCCAUCAGGAACAUUCUUGAAAGAGGUUUUUUGCCUUUGAAGUUAUCCAAUUAUUGAAAUAAUCUGUUACUGAAGUAAAUUAUACAAAUGAUCUGAGUAUGUCCACCACUAGACAAAACUCUGUAAGAACAGAGAAGAAAAGUUGGCAAAUGUCAAAACAAUAAAAUGGUUUUGGUUGUCUACAGGUAUUCAGUGCAAAUGAUCUGAAUAUCACUAUCGCUGAUCAUCUUUAUUUUUACAAUAUGUUUCAAAUAUGUAAAAAUGGAAAGAAUAUCAAACUUCAGAUGAGAAAGAAGCAAACGAAAUUCAAAUCAGCUCUCCUCACGAACUAUUUAAAUUUUUGUUUUGUUUUGGAUAUCCCACAGAUGUUCAUAUGAUAUCCACCGAAGGAUAUCUGUUCCAGAGAUAUCUCAUGGACAUCCAUUUCACGUCCCAGGAUAUUCCCACCUGUCUGGGAUUUUAGCAUUUUGAGUUGAGUUUGUUGUCAUGCUGUUAUCAGCUCACCAAAACCAUUCAGGUCCUUAUCCCUGUCAUGGAAAACUUCAGAAUAAUAAGUAGCUGUCUUGAAUGUUGUUUAUCAAAUAUUCUAUCUGUUAGGCCUGUAGCCAUGAAAAUUAUGCUAUAUAAUGAUUACUAAUUGUUUCCAAGAACAAUCCAGCUGGUUUUUUCAAGUCUUCCUUAGUGUUCAGGAAAGGAAAACCAGCAACUAUUUCCCUCUAAUUUAUAUUCAACUAUAGCUUUAAAUAACCAUUAUUUGAGAAAGUUAUCAUAAAAUCUAGUCUUGAAUAAAUUGCACAUAGUAUGAUAGGAAUUAGUUACAUCUGAACUGUUUUAGAGUAUUCUAAAGCAUUUGAAAUCGACUUGUAAAUCGUAAUAUAUAUAUGUUAGAAUAGUUAAUUGUAUAUUAAAACAGUGAGUUGGGUAUUUCUGAAGCCUUGGUUUUGACUUGUAAGGGGGUGAAGAUAUCUUUUUUGGCGCUUCGUGGAAAAUUAGUCAGGACUAUCUGUCAAAAAUUGUUUUUCCAAAAUUUUCAAAACCAAUAUCGACGACGACUUUUUCUGUUUUAAUCUGUGUUAUUGCCUAGCUGUUGUUAGUAUUAAUAAUUUUACGAAUACAUAUAUGUAUCUAUAAUUCUGCAGCAGGAAUCCGAAUAGUAUUUUCUUUUUUUGAUAAUAACUGCUUGAGAUGUUUCUAGUUGAAAAUUUAACAUUUAUAUGAUGGGUACUUUGGAUCUCCCGUGUAAGUUUUUCUUCUUAUUAAUUUUUAUAUACAUUCCAUUUUUGGAUUCCUGCAGCAAUUCAAUAUUUAAUAUGGUAUAUAAGUUUAUAAAAUUUGUUGAAUUUUAUUUUUCAAUAUUAAGAAUUUUUAAGAUCAGUGUUACAGUUGACAAUAUAAGAUAUAACUGAGUGUUUGUGUGCUAUUUAUUUGUUCUAGUUAAUAUCCUUGAUGGUUAUGGAUAAUAUCAUGUCAAUUGAAAUUGAAUAAAUCUUAGCAAGCAA